AUGGAAUCUUAUAGAUUCGAAUCUGGGUUUUGUCAUCUUCCUCUUGGGAAUUUCGUCGAACGGAUUAAAGACGCUUGUCAUUUCCUCGUCUCCGCUGUUCUGGGCACGAUCAUCUCCGCGAUCUUGACCUUCUUCUUCGCUCUAGUGGGAACGUUGCUAGGAGCACUCACGGGAGCCUUGAUAGGCCAAGAGACGGAGAGCGGUUUCAUCAGAGGAGCAGCCAUUGGAGCCAUUUCAGGAGCUGUUUUCUCAAUCGAGGUCUUCGAGUCGUCGCUAGAUCUCUGGAAAUCCGAUGAGUCGGGCUUCGGAUGCCUUCUCUACUUGAUUGAUGUGAUUGUUAGUCUUGUAAGCGGGAGGCUCGUACGGGAGCGAAUAGGACCUGCAAUGCUAAGUGCGGUGCAAAGCCAAAUGGGAGCUUUGGAUGCAUCAUUCGAUGACCUCUCGAGUCUGUUCGAGACAGGAGGCUCAAAGGGAUUAACAGGAGACUUGGUUGACAAAAUCCCAAAGAUGACUAUCACUGGAAACCAUAACGCAGAUGCUUCCGACAACAGAGGAGACUCAUGCUCUGUUUGUCUUCAGGAUUUCCAGCUUGGUGAAACAGUAAGAAGCUUGCCUCAUUGUCACCACAUGUUUCACUUACCUUGUAUCGACAAUUGGCUCCUCAGACACGGUUCUUGCCCGAUGUGUAGACGUGACCUCUAA